UGAUGAAAACUGAAAACUUGUUGGUUUAUGUUUUUAUAACUAAACCACAAAGUAAGAAACUGUGAAGAAAAUAUAACAAAAUAAUGUAAAAACAAAAAUGGGCUUUGUUCAAAACAUUUAUAACUGUGUAAAUUUCCUUGUACAUACAUUGUAGGUCUGUAGGACCUCAGUGUAUUAAGUAUGUGAAAAGUGAAAUAAAUGAAGUGUAUUUUACAUUCAGCUGUAUCGCAACAGCUAUGUAGAAUACUAAGCGCCUAGCCAACAGUAUGGAAUUGAACGACCUGCCGGACGAGGUGCUACUGCAAAUAUUCAGUCUGCUGCCGCCGCUGCAGCUGGAUGCCAGCGUGGCGCGCGUGUGCCGGCGCUGGCGGGAGCUGGUCGGCGCGCGCGUGCUGGUCCUGCGUGGCCCGAGUCAGCUGGAGCGGCUGCCGGCGGGGCUGGCGGCGCUGGUGGCCGUGCGGCGCGUACCCGGCUUGUGUGCCGCCUCGGCCCUUCUGUCCCGAGCCUCCGCCUGCGCCCGCCUCACUCACCUCGCCCUACACUGUGAACUGCCGUUAGAUGAAAAAGAUUACACAAUUUUGGCUACAUUUGAACAUUUGCAACAUUUGGAUGUGUUCUGUAAGAAGAGAGUAUUGAAUAAGGACACCCUUCUGCCACCCUCUGUGACCACACUGGUAGUCAAUGACAACAUGGCUAAUGGAUUUCUUCCCACUCUAUGUCCGCAGAGCAAAGUAGAAGGUUUCCAUAUGUAUGGGCGCUCCCUGUACUACUCCCCAAGAGAGAUGGUGAAGUUUAUAGGGGCCCAUUCUACACACCUGACUGAGCUCACACUGAGGUGCACGGAAAUGACAGAUAAGAGGUACGCGGUGCUGGGUGAGUGUGGGGCGCUGCGGGCGCUGCGGCUGUACUCGUGCUGGCUGCUGACCUGGCGCGGGGUGCUCCACCUCGCCCGCCCCCGCCUACGCUGCCUCCAUCUCACUGGAGCCCGCAUGGUGCGGUCGCGGGCGCUGGCGACGCUGCUGGCGGCGCUGCCGGCUGAGCUGCAGGAGCUCAACGUGAGCUGCGGCUGGCUCGGCGCCGAGCACGAGGCGGCGGCCGCGCGCCUGGCCGGCCUGCGCGCGCUCGAGGCCUGGCGCUGCCGGGCCGAUGGCGCCGCGCUGCUGCGCCUGGCGCUCCGCCUGCCGCGCCUACGCCGCCUCGACACCGACGCCCGUCUGUCGCCGGCGCAGCUGGCCGACCUGCUGGCGCACCCGGCGCUGCAGGACGUGCGUUGCGGGGGCGCGGCGGGCGGGCGCGGCACGGGGCGGGUGCGCGUGCGCGCGGCGGGCGCCGGCACCGCGUGCGUGCGCGGCGACGGCGACGGGCCCAGCGCCGACGUGUUCUACCGUUGGGCGGACCCCUGA